AUGCAUAACUUCGGUGCCAGCAGCAGCAGCAGCAGCAACAGCAGCAGCAGCAGCAACAGCAGCAGCAGCAGCAACAGCGCCAACAGCAGCAACAACAGCAGCAGCACCAGCAGCAACAGUAGCAUCAGCAGCUCUCGUUACAGGGAGCGCCCCAGCCUCGACUUCGCAGCGCCAGCAGCAGCAGCAGCAACGCAAACACCAGCAGCAGCAGCAGCAGCAGCAGCAGCAGCAGCAGCAGCAGCAGCAGCAGGUGCUGCUGCAGCAGAAGAGAGGAGAGUGGUCUGCUUCGCCACGAGCAAACAGCAAAGGAAGAAUAAGAAGAAAGAUGCGGCUGUAUGUACAACGCACCCCAAACCCCAAAGCAGCAGAAGCAAGACAGCAGCAGCAGCAGCAGCAGCAGCAGCAGCAGCAGCAGCAGCAGCAGCAGCAGAAGGUGGCCUCGUUACAGGGAGCGCCCCAGCCUCUACUUCGCAGCGCCAGCAGCAGCAGCAGCAGCGCAAACACCAGCAGCAGCAGCAGCAGCAGCAGCAGCAGCAGCAGCAGCAGCAGCAGCAGCAGCAGCAGCCAGCAGCAGCAGCAGCAGCAGCAAAUAGAGCAGCAGCAGGAGCUGCUGCUCAAUAUAUAUAG